GGUGUCCCUCCGCCACCUCCCCGCUGUCACUGCCGCUCCGCACAGCCACCAUGGCGAGCGGCGGGACACGCGUGUGCGCUGCCGGGGCUGCGCGCCUGCCGCUGCCGCUCUACAUGCUGCCGCUGCUGCUGCUGCUGCUUCUGGGCGCCGCUACCGCGCCGCGCUGCGCGGAGCCCUGCAGCCCCCCGCGCUCCGCCGGAGUGCUGACCCGCGGGGCGCGCAGCCCGCCAGAGCCGCGGCUGGGCGGCGGGGCGGCGGCGGCGGGGGACAGCCACUCCAGGAGAGCAUCCUCGGCGGCGGGCCGGGAGCAGGUCUCCCUCAUCAGCACCUCCUUCGUGCUGAAAGGGGACGCGUCUCACAACCAGGCGAUGGUGCACUGGACGGGCGAGAACAGCAGCGUGAUCCUGAUCCUUACCAAGUAUUACCAUACUGACAUGGGGAAAGUGCUGGAGAGCUCUUUGUGGAGGUCUUCAGAUUUUGGGACAUUAUACACAAAGUUGAAUCUACAGCCUGGGAUUGCCACUGUUAUUGACAAUUUCUACAUUUGCCCCACCAACAAAAAAAAGAUAAUUCUUGUAAGUUCUUCCCAUAAUGACCGUGACCAAAGCCUUUUCAUAAGCACAGAUGAAGGAGCAACUUUCCAGAAGCAACCCAUUACUUUCUUUGUGGAAACUCUCCUUUUUCACCCGAAAGAAGAAGAUAAAGUACUUGCUUACACCAAGGAUGGCAAGGUUUAUGUAUCCAUUGACUUGGGGAAAAAAUGGAUCCUUCUGCAGGAACGAGUUUCAAAAGAUCAUAUUUUUUGGGCUGUUGCUGGAGUUGACGGAGACCCUGAUUUAGUUCAUAUGGAAAUCCAGGACCCCAGUGGAGGUUAUCGCUACAUCACUUGCCAGAUUCAGAAUUGCUCUGAUAAGACAAUGACAGUCCAGUUUGCUGGUGGCACUGAUCGGGAUUCCCUGACUGUGCAGGAUGACUACAUAUUUCUUCAGACAACAUCAGCAAAUCGGACCAAGUAUUAUGUCUCUUACCGUCGAAAUGGCUUUGUACAGAUGAAGUUGCCAAAAUAUGCCUUGCCAAAAGAUUUACAGAUAAUCAGUACGGAUGAAAACCAGGUGUUUGUGGCUGUUCAGGAAUGGUACCAGACAGACACAUACAAUCUGUACCAGUCUGACCCGCAAGGUGUUUACUACUCUAUCCUGCUGGAGAACGUCCGGAGCACAAAGCAGCCAGAAGAGAAUGUCCUGAUAGAUAUUCUGGAGGUCAGAGGUGUAAAAGGAGUCUUUUUGGCCAACCAGAAAAUUGAUGGGAAAGUUACAACUCUGAUAACCUACAACAAAGGCCGUGACUGGGAUUUUCUAAACCCUCCAGACAUCGAUAUGAAUGGCAAACCAACAAACUGCAAACCCCCUGAUUGCUACCUUCAUCUCCAUCUUCGCUGGGCAGACAAUCCCUAUGUGUCAGGAACAGUCCACACGAAGGACACUGCACCGGGGCUCAUAAUGGGGGCAGGUAACCUGGGCUCCCAGCUGGUUGAGUAUAAAGAAGAAAUGUACAUAACAUCUGACUGUGGGAACACGUGGCGUCAGGUCUUUGAAGAAGAGCACCACAUCUUGUACCUGGACCAUGGUGGAGUUAUUGUGGCCAUCAAAGACACCUCUAUCCCUCUGAAAAUACUCAAGUUCAGCAUAGAUGAAGGCCAGACUUGGAGUACACAUAACUUUACUAGCACGUCAGUCUUUGUAGAUGGAUUACUUAGUGAACCUGGAGAUGAGACGCUGGUCAUGACAGUCUUUGGACAUAUAAGCUACCGUUCAGACUGGGAACUGGUAAAGGUGGACUUCAGACCAUCCUUCCCCAGAGAGUGUACUGAUGAUGAUUAUGAGUCUUGGGACCUCAAAAAUCUACAGGGUGAUCGUUGCAUCAUGGGCCAGCAGAGGAGCUUUCGAAAGAGGAAGAUUACAUCAUGGUGCAUUAAAGGGAGAAGUUUCACAUCAGCUCUCACAUCCAAAGUUUGUGAAUGUGUGAACUCUGAUUUCUUAUGUGAUUAUGGGUUUGAGCGCUCUGCACCUCUGAAGUCAGAGUCCAGCAAAUGCUUUGCUGACUUCUGGUUUAACCCAGAAGCACCUCCAGAAGACUGUGUGCUGGGGCAGGCAUACACCAGCAGCACUGGGUACAGGAAAGUUAUUUCUAAUGUGUGUGAAGGUGGCGUAGACCUGCAGCAGAAUUUAGCGCAGCAUAUGUGUCCAUUGAUUGCUCCCAAAGGACUUCAGAUCAGCAUCAGAGAAGAAAGCCUGGCCAUUAAGCCUGGGGAAGACAUCACCUUCAUUGUCAGACAAGAGCAGGGUGAUGUAUUGAAUACCAAAUACCAGGUAGAUCUUGGAGAUGGCUUUAAGGCAUUAUAUGUGAACCUUACGAUGACUGGAGAACCCAUCCGUCACCACUAUGAGAAUCCUGGGAUUUACCGUGUCUCAGUGAAGGCUGAGAAUGUGGCUGGGCACGAUGAGGCUGUGGUGUUCGUCCAAGUCAACUCUCCACUGCAGGCUUUAAAUUUAGAAGUGAUUCCAGUCGUUGGGAGAAACCAGGAGGUGAACCUGACAGCCAUCAUACUGCCUAAGAACCCUAAUUUGACAGUCUUCUACUGGUGGAUAGGAAACAAUCUACAGCCACUCCUUACAUUGGAGAGUUUUCUGGUGACGAAGUUUACUGAGACAGGUGACAUCAGAGUUACAGUGCAAGCUUCUUGUGGGAGCUCCAUGCUUCAGGACUCAAAAGUUGUCCAUGUUUUUGAUAAUUUUCAUGUUCUUCCUCUGAAGUUUACUAAGAACCUGGACAUGUACAACCCUGACAUACCGGAGUGGAGGGAAGACAUAGGGAGGGUAGUAACACGACUUCUUGCAAAGGAAACAAAUAUACCCAAAGAAACACUCUUGACAGUUGUGAAACCUGGUCUGCCCACAGCUGCUGACUUGCAUGUGCUACUACCAGCAAACCAACCAAAAAGGAAGAGAAGUGUGACUAGUGAUAAGAGAAUAGCGGCUAUAAAGCAGGCCUUGAAUGCACACAACAUCAGUUUCUUUCUGAGGGGAGGAUACUGGGUCUUAGUGACUUUAGCUGACUCCAGUUCAGACUCUCAGAGGAUUGGAGGAGGCAGUGGCUACUGGGCUAUUGUGAUUCUCUUUGUUAUCUGUCUAGUUGCAGUUGGGGCUUUCAUCCUCUACAAGUUCAAAAGGAAACUGCCAGGCAGAAAUGUCUACGCCCAGAUGCACAACGAAAAAGAGCAGGAAAUGACAAGCCCUGUUAAUCAUAGUGAGGACACCCAGAACAUCAUCCAGGGUGAGGAGUUUAUUGAUGAUGAUCUGGACUCUCAAACACUAGGUAACGCAAGAGUGACUCCUUCUGGGAGAAGUGGCAACUUGAACAGCUACAGAGUUCCCUUAUUGCUGAUGCCGGUCAGUGUCCAGUCCCAGGCAAUCACUCAGGCGUGGUUUUGAGCAUCAACUCCAGAGAGAUGCACAGUUACCUGGUUAGCUGAUAUUUACAGCUGAACACAAAAAUCAAAAGACUCUUCUCUGUAUUGUUUUAUUUUUCCCUGGUGAUGUCACAAAAUUGCAAAUAUGGCUGUAAAUGCUGGUGGAAAGGAGGUUUCUUAUCAGUCUGGAAAAAAAGUUCAUCGUCAGUUGCCAAGGGAGAAGGAUAAUACGUCUUGUGUUCACUCUAUGGCCUGGAAACUCGUUACAAUUGGAACUCAAAAUACGGUAGCAAACUUGUAGCCCUAGGCACCUUCAAUGCCACCUUAUUUCUUUUCUGUGUAUGCUUUAGUUCUUUAUGUUUAUUUUUAGGAUUGACUGUAAUUUUCUAAUUAUGUUUUUAAUUGACUUAUUCAGCUGAAGGGUUGAGACUUUUCAGCCUAAAAAGGUGAUUUUUACACAAGUGACUAGACCAGAACAGAUGGUUGGUUGAUCACAAUGAUGGUUUUUUAGGAGGCCAAGUGUUUCUGUACUGGGAGAGAACCGGGUGAGGAGACAAACGCACUCCUAGUUGAUACAAGCUCUUAACUUGAAUGUGUCAGACAAUCUAAUGAAUUUAGGCUUAGGCCCUUCUGUGGAUUAAAGGAAGUAAAGUGUUAGUUAUCUCAUAAUAUAGGAUAAUGCUCUUCUAAGUAUAGGAAGUCCUGACAAACCAUCAGCACCAGUAUCUCCCCCAGUCCCACCCCAUGUGAAAGAAAAACACCAGCUUGAUGCUAUUUCCAGACCAGGUGCCUUCACUUGCAGACAGUCACUUCAGUUGCUCUCGUCUCCCGAGCGAGCACCUCUAGGACGAUGGCAGCUGCCGGAUGAGUUACCCUGUAAAACCUCCUGCUGGUGGCCUGUCUCUUUUUACAUUCCCAGAGAGUGUAAAUACCUCUUUUAAGGCGCUUUCUUUGUAUGGUUAUUUUUUAAAGAUUUCCUGUAGGGGUAGAGAUGCUGGGUUGGUCAGAGCUCUCCUCCAGGCAGGAUUGGGUAGCGCACUGCCAUCCUCUUCCCACCCGCAUCCUUCUGUGGGAUUUUCCCUGGCUGUUUUCCCUUGCAGGCAGGGGUGGGCAAACUCUGAGCUGAUGUUUUCCGCUUGAGUUGGUUUGGCAAUCUGGAAGGACAUGGGGAGGAUAGGCUGAUUUAGGGAUUCAUAUUUCCUUCCCAUCACCACAGGGUGUCACUCAGUCCAUACCACUGCUGGCUCUGAUUUCUGCAGGGAGGGCAGUGGGGCUUCUGAAGGAGCUGCCUACAGAAAGGCUUGUGUGUCAGGUCAGAGUUUCCUAAUCCCAAUUUUGUGAGUUGGACCAGGCUUUCCUAGUACAAACCUCUGCACCCCUAGGGAAUGGCAAUGCAGUGAAUCUACACCCUGCUGGUUUUUUCCCUGUGGUUUGUAGAGAGAAACAGACUAUGGUGUGAUGAGUUCAAACAUCUGGUGUCCUAUGUGUCACAGAUACCUGGGAUUAGGAUCUUUCUCUCAAAAACCUAUAUAAUCUCUUCACUUUUUGCCUUCGAUAGAGAAUAAAUAGCUCUUAACUUCCUGAAUGUCGUACUGAUGCUAGUGACAGGCUCGCACACCACCUUACUUAGGAGGAUACAGAUAGGUAACUACAUCUUUCUGAACAAACAAACAGAAAAUAACAAAUGCUAGUAAAACAGAAAAGAACUGUCUUAAAAUUAGCAUAUGCACUGGAGUCACUCUUUUGCGUAACUGUGAGUAUCCUGGAGCAUAUUGUCAUCAAAUUCAACGGACUGGGAUGUAAUAAUUCAGUGUAGUACUGUAGGCUCUCACAAACCCCACAGGAUGUAUGUGUAAAGCACAAGAAAAUCUAGAUUAUAAACUUACUGUAAGGAACUACUGGAAAAGUGUAAGUGAUGAUUCUGAAAAGCGCUUGUAAACUGCUCAGGAAAAUAGUUUCUAAAAUUUCUGCCUAUUUAGUUGUAGAGUGCCAUGCAAACUGACUUAUGGAGAAGCAGUGCUCUGGCUGAGUGUUGCAUGCCAGGCUGUGUAGAAAUCCAAGGUGUUACAUGUAUCUGAGUUUCCUGAAAAGAAGUGCAAAUGCAAAAUGUGCUGUGCAUCGGAAACUCUCGCGAUCAUUGCACCAGAGGCUUUCCUCCUCACCAGCUCUUUAUACUUUUUCUGGUGGAAAUGAGCUAGAGCAGAGAACAGUCGUAUUGCAAACAACUAGCUUGUUCCUGUGAAAUAAAUCUGAAGUGAGAUAUUUGUGUAGGGCAGGUGAGUGGCAGAUUAGCCUCAUGGAUAAGGGAUGGAAGUUCUAGCUUGGGGUUGUUCUCCCACUCUUUGUCUCGCUGGCAAAGGACACUGUUGGAACUAGGUCACACAUCUAGUUUAUGCUUUAACAGCUACUUUAAUACAUCUAAUACAGGGUGAUUUGUGUCUCUGUUAAUAGGAGUCUUUUGGAACACGGCUGAAUAUUUAGCUGCUUGGUACUCUAAUUAACACUUAUCACAAUAUAGUGCCUGUAAUAAUGUUUUUCAAUGCUUAUUAAUUUGAUUCAUGCAGCACUCCUGUGAGGUUGGUUUGUCAUGUCUUAAAACCACUGUUUUCUAAAGAGAUGUCAGUAUUGCCAUAACUGUGUUAACAAUAUCCAGCAGAUAAUAAAGGAAGCCUUUUAUUCUCUGGCAAGAAUUACUUUAAAAUGCAUUGUUGUAAAGCUGAGAAAAUACCAUUAUAGUUUUCCUACUCAUGGUGUCUUGGUUUAUCUUUAAAUGAAAAGUCCUACUAGUGCUAGGUUUCGGAUCUCUUGAACUGAAUCCAUGUCAUCUUAGUAAAUGCUAAUAAUCCAGAUACAUGUAUAUACAGAAACAUGGAAUUGUUUCUAUGCACAAAUGCUAGUCAUACAUGCAUGCACACACAGAGUACUUGUACAAAUUCCAGUUAAAUUUAUUAGUGAAGAAGAGUGAUUUGAUGUCUAAGAAACAGAAGAUGGCUGUGGGGUACCUGGAUUUUGUACCCAGACUUUGGACAAGUUACUUAACCUGUAUGUGCCUCAGUUUCCCCACCUGUAAAAUGGGGCUUAUAGUAAUUACCUACCUCACAGGGGUAUUGUGAGGCUAAAUUAAUUACUGUUUGUUCAGGUUUGCCAGAGUAAAAGAAUUUUGUGAGCAUAAAUUAUUAAUAGUUUUACUUUCUUUGUUUUACUUGUAAUUACGGCUGUUAUUAAAGGUAGUCUACUGAAACCAGCUGCAAUUUUGUAUAAAUGUAAAAAAUGCAUAAUCAAAAAAAGGUACAUCACUCAAAAAAAGAGGUAAUUUUAUUUAAAAACUGUUAUUGGAACAUAUUGUUAUGUGGUAGCAUUGCAACAUUGGCUGUGAUUUUGCUGUUACGCACUAGUAUCUUACUUUUCUGCAGUGUUAUUUGGUCAAAAGCCUUAUAAUGAUGUACUGUGAGACUUAACACUGAUGUUGAACUGUAGUGAAACCAACAAAACUGGCAGUGUAUUGGCCUCAUUUACAUCUUCUGGCCUUAAACUCUGAUGUAUUUGUAAUUUCAAAAACACACUGUACUUUCCAGAGUGCUCCAAGCAGUACUGAUUCACAUCAUUCUAAUAGAGCCAUCAAUAUUUACAGCUGUUAUCUUUGCUUUCCCUUUUGACAUUAAAUGUUUUAGGCAGUUUUGGAUUGGUCCAUCCACAUAAAGUGCUCAGAAGUGCUUGGAAGACAUUUAGGAGAAAUCCAUACAUAGUGUAAAGUAAUUUCUCAAAAAUAAAAAUGAUAUAAACCAAUGUAUGUUUUAUACCCCAUAGAAGAGGGUGGUGAAAAUAACUGUGAAGGAAUAGAAGGUACCAGUCUGAGGCAAGAUGUUAUCUCUAAUUCGCAUCCAAUUUCUUUGAACUGUUUUAGGAUAUUCUCAUUGAAUUAAAUCCUUCUUGAUGAGUUCUCUGCUUUCAAUGACCACAUAAAGAGAAGUAAAGUGUUUAUUCAUAUAAAGUAGACAACUUGUUAAAUUGCUGUGCUCUAGACAGACAGACAAGUCAGUGCUUUGCUGUUAGUAGUUCCUAGUGUGAAGCAGAUUUCAUCUGUCAAGAUUAUGGUGGUUAGCUGUGGUUUAGGUCCAAUGAGACAUCCCUUUAGUGGGAAUACUCUGCUACUGUAUGCUGUCUCUUUAAUAGAGGUCAGUAGCAUGGAACUGCCAUGGUUUCCAUCCUCCUUCCACAAAUAAACACUCCAAGAAAUGUGUGUGUGUAGGUUGUUAUUCUUAAGAAAUUAAGUAGAUACAUUUGUUUGCAGUAACUUUUUGAUGAUGAACCGGUGGUUCUGAUAAGCGUUGAAUUUCUAGUGUUAUUUCAAGUCAAAUUCAAUGUUGCUGAGUUGAUAGAAUCGAUGACAAUUUCAGUCAUGGAUUUUUCCUAUGUUUCCUAUAAAACAAUGUUCUGUAAUUUGUCAUUAAUGAGACUUUGUGGGGAAAAGGAGACUAAAAUUUUUAUUUCAUUGCACAGUCCCUGACAGUCAGAGUUGUUAUUGUAUAUUGAUUGAGACCGCUGUAUUGUUUCCAUCUUCAUUUUUAUUUCAGAGUUUUAGAUGUGCACAUUUCUGUCAAAAUACUGGCUUUCCACUGGGAAGAAUUUAUAAGCAUUUAACUUUAUAAAUAUUGAUUUUGAGAUGCAAAAUUUUGUUGUGUUUUCUAAGUCCAUCCAAAAAGCUGCUUCCUGGCUCCUUUUCUCUGUUCUAGUCCCAGUUGCACAUUGCUUCUACAAUUUUCUUUAUGAGACUGGCAUACAGCCUAAUCUUAUUAGUGUAAGAAAGUCUAACUUCCAUUAAAAUAGCAUUUAAUUGCCUAGAAGUAGAUACAGGAUCUGCUUAGACCAUUUUCCUAAUGUUAAGUCUGUAUUUUCAUGUUCCUUAUUUCCUUUCAGUAUUAGCCCUCUGAACGCCAUUAAACGUGCGUUUAUUCCUGUCAUGGAUAUAUGUGUAACGUUUUUCACUUAUUUUCAGACUAUAAUCAUCAAAACCAAUUUUGAAAUAAGUCAGACCCCCAGUUAGCUUUUGCAGUUAAAGUCUCACCCGCAGUCUUUGGGAAAUGUCAAGCUGGGCACUCUUAAUUUUUUAAUCUUCUAAAAUCUUCUAAGAUCUUUAAUCUUUCAAGUAUGUUGCGUAGAGAAUUAUACAUACUAUCAGGGAAAUAAGGCCUGUAAUGGUGCUUCAGGAUGGUGUGAAGGCUAAAGAAGUGCAUUCCUCUGUGCAUUUUUUUUUCCCUGAAAUUGAUGCAUAUAGCAAGUUAGUUUCAUUAUUUUUAAUAUGCAAGAUCUCAUUUCUAUAAGUCUUCAGUCUCAGCCUUUUUCCUCCUGUUAAAUGGAGUAGCAAAUUAUAUGAAUAUGAAUUGUGGAGCCAUGUAUGACCAAGUGAGGGAUUUUCAUUCUUUUCAUCUCUUUCUUUUUCUUUUUUUUUUUUUUUUAAUUUUUUCCUUAUGUGAAGCAGCUAGUUUGUGUGCUGGUAGCUGAGAUCAUCUUCUGGAAGACAGUAUAUAAGACAAGAAACACUGGAGGGCUUAGAAAUACAUACUCUGUAGAGCAGCGAUAUAGCUAUAUGAACAAAAUCCUUAUCAAAGAGCUAUUAUGGUUUGUAUUAAAAUACUUUUUUAAAUACUAUCUCUAAAAAUACAGGUUCUUAUUUACAUACUCUUUGUCUCUCUCCUUGAAGAUUGAUUUUCUUUUAGGAGCGACAUUUACCAGUUCUGAAAAUAGUGGAUCCUUAACCUUACACAAGUAAUUCUGUUUAAAAUUAUUUCCUUGCAACACUUGAAAUCAUUACACAAACUUGAGCUGUAUUGAUUGGACUUAGUUUCUGAGGUUCUGUAGAAUUUGCAUCUUUAUGCUGAUUUGUUGCAAUACAGUGGACAUACAGCCCUAUUGGGCUGCAGUAAUACAAACAGCAGCACAUGGCACUAUGUACAUAAUAUGCCUUUGUUGUCAGGUGUUCCAAACAACUUUCUUAGCAUGUCUUGUAUUUCUAUGUUAUUUGUUGCUAGUUUUAGCCAGCUUUCGAUACAUGUAUUUAGUUCUUACUGACAGUGGCUGCUCUUGUAGACAAAAGGGCAAGAAUUGGCUUAUUCUUAAAAAAAAAAAAAGUAUUAAUUCACACGAUUUGCUUAUUAAUUAAAACAGUUUAAAAAGGAAAUCUUUCUGAAAGGUGAAAGAGAUGUUUUUUAAUGAGAACAGCUCAUAGGAAAAUGGCAAACUUGUAUCCACAUGGUUUUUGGACAUUCUGGUUAUGGAUUAUGAAUAGACAGGACUGUGCAGAAGUGUGCACCCUGAACAUCAGUAACAUGCACAUAAGCAGUUUGCAAAUGAUAAAAAUAGUCCAAAGGAGCAUAUUUUAAUAUACCACUUUUAUGUCCCAGAUUCACCAAAGGGCAUUUAAAUAGUUGAGAUUAUAGACUAUCAUCACAAAUAUAGGAAGAUGCCCAAUUCACUAGCUCUGUUUCCUUGUAAAUACACUCCUCUUUGGGGUUAAUCUUUUGAGAUGCUGAGCUCUUCAGAGAAGUGACCUUCAUUGCUCAAUGCUUACAGCAUUUUGCUAAGUAAUUGGAGACUCUGUAUAGAAAAAAAGUCUGAAUUUCCAUUCUCUUCUGUUUUUUCUUGUUUCUCUCCCUCCCCCUUUUUUGUCCUUUUGUUCUUUUUCAUUGUUGCAGCUGUUUGUUGCUUUGCCUUGCCUUCCGCCUCCUCCUCCUGACAGUUCUACACAGUACACUUUUUUCCUCCUUGCUUUUUGUUUUGCUUUAUGUUCUGUUUCUGUGUUUUUAUUUGGAUAUGCACCCUGCUGUAUCCAAAGUGGUAACAAGCAGAAUCACAGUCUCCUCCCCAUCCUGUUUCUUCUCUGAGCUCCACUGUAUUAUUCGAGUUGAUGUAGUUCCCUGUGCUUUGUCUCCCUGCAGUCCACCCUUCCUGUUUCUUUCCCACUUUUGGUUCUUCUCAUCUUUAACUUUUAAUUUUGGCUCUCAUUUUCUCUAAAUCUUUCUGCAACUCUUCUGGUUUGCCUUUCCAGGACUUCUCUCAGCUGAUUGUCCCAGAGAGCACACAGUUCUAGUCUGUGAUGAGAAUGAGUGUUGUACUGCCAGAAAGAAUACAUAACUAGCAUUCCUCUUUCAUCCAUGUAUAUAUUGAGCUUGCUAUCAGUCUGUUGUGGAAAAUGCACAUUUAAUUGACAGAAUGCUAUAGACAUUAUCUCCCAAACGCCUCUUUCUGCCUCGUUUUGGGUUAUGGGGGUGAGGUAUGGUAUUUGCAUGUGUUUCGUGGAGCACAGCAAGGGCCAGGAGGUACAGAGCUGCAGCAAGGCUGGGCAGAUACUCUUUGGCAGACGAUUGGGCUGCAUUUCUAUAUGGGAAAUACGAGGCCAAAGCUAGCAAAUAGCUUAUUAGAUAAGUUGUUACAACCUGAAGCUGAAGAAAAGGUGAGGUAAAGAGUUUCCAUUGCUAAUAAAGGAGGAGGACCAGGGAUCAUUCCUCUUGGGAGCAAUUUGACUUGUCAGGUGUGUAGGACAGGUCUGUCUGUAUACAACUUUCCUAGAGGCAGAGGCAAAUGGCUUGCUUUCAAGUUCCAUAAACUACAAGUUUAAGCAAAGUCACCAGGUAGGUUUGGCAGAAUCAUCUUGCUAGAAGAGCUUGGAGAAGUUCAUGGAAAUAAGAUAAUUGAAAAGCUCAGCGGUAUCUUUGAAGGGUAGAACCUGUGUUGGAGAGGGAGUGUGUAUGAGAGAGAUGUAGGAGGGAGGGAAGCAAAAGAUUGAACAGGGAAAGGGAAAGCUGUGAGAAAGUCAGUGUUACCAUUGUGUAUGAUUCUGCCAUGAGUUGUUGAUUUUGUUUUGCUUAAACCUUGGAGCUUGCUUUAAUUCAUGAUGGCAACUAUUUUAAUUUUGUUGGUUGCAUAUAGAGACUUUAAACCAUGAGUCUAAACUGAUGCAGGAGCAGGAACACAUGAAAUUAUCAGCGUUUCUGUCUCUGAUUUAAGAGGGGUCUGACUUGCAGCAACAUCCCACUUGAGGUGCAUGGAAAAGAGGUUGCUUCCCAGGAGCCAGGAUGCAUGUAUGUGCACUCCAGAGGUAACUCCAGUGUAGGUUUACUUCUAAGAUGAUUGUAGGGCAUUUGCUAAUUGUUUUUCCCUUAGCACAGCACUGAGCUAGGAGGCAAGAGAGAAGAAUUAUUUUAUACGGUCUGAGUCUUAGAUUUAUACUGCUUAAACGUAAUUUGCUAGAAUCCCUCUGUGAGCUGUAAUUUUGCAAUGUUUAGAGAGAAUGAAUGGAGUUGGUACGGUAUUCCUGAGGGUAAACACCAGCCACUGGAGUUCACUGCACAUGUGACUAGAAAUUUUAAUUUUAGGAACAGAGUUCCUCCAUUUCACAUACACACGAGGCAUUUGAGUACAGUUCUCUCUGUUUAUUUGUCGCUGACAAGCAGUGAUAUAUUUUCUCAUGGGUGUAAGUCAUGGGCUGCUCUUACUGCAGUGCAGAAGGCUCUGGAGGAAAAACGUAAUCAAAUGGAGAAGUAUACUUGAAUUCUCUGCUCUUAAUCCCAGUUUCUUCUGAGUUGCUUUUCUCUGACUGUGGUUCUACCAGUUGGGUUGAUGUCAAAAGGGCAUUAAUUCAUUUUUAUCCUCUUCUGUGUGGCUGAGAAAAAGAUACAAGAAAAAAAUUGCAAAGGAAUAGCAGAUUGGAAGAUGUGGGGAACUUGAUCAGCUGGCAGGGCACUGUGGGAAGCUUCCACUUUGGUUCUUUACUUGGCAGUUGUAUUUAUAAAUAUGUACAGCUACUGUGAUUUACCUUUCCAUUAACUAUAGAUAGGCUUCUUUGCAAAAGGGAGGUGGUUCUAAAGGGUAUCACCCUAGUAUAUUGCAAGUGUGGUUUUAGGAGACAUAAACUAAUGUCUGUCUUCACCUACAUGAAAUUAUCAUAGCAUCAUUGCUCUGUAUUUAUGAAGUUGCACUAGGAAUAUCAGUUUAUCCUGGAUUAAGUAUUGGAGGAAGAUUUGGGAAGAUAAUGAGAGUUAGAGUGGGAGAAUUUACCAUUUUAAGAGCAAAGGAUAUUGGCAUAUUUACAGUGCAUCUGUGCCUGUUUCAGCACAGGUGGGUCUAAAACUCUCAUUUCAGACUCAGACAGAGAAAUCAUAUAGAUUUUUCUGGCAUUAACCAUGAGAACAAAAGGAGAAAAACCUUGUAAUUAAACUAAGCCCAAAUCAUAUUUUUGGCUAAUUAGAGCUACAGCUCUUGGUAAAAAUGUGAAAGCUAAUAAAGUAAGAAUUAGACUUGACAUACUUCUUGUGAAGAUUCACAAAGUAUUUCUUGCUUCCUUGUUGUUCAUGAGGAGCUUUACUUAUUUCUUUACUUAUUUGGUAUUGCAGGGCUAAAUUCUACCCUAAAUUAUGACCAUGCAGUUCCACAGACUUUGUUGGUUCAGCUUUGUGUUAUGGCAGAAAGGUGCUCACCCACAGUGAAUUUGAGAUGCAGCUGCAGGCUAAAGUCAGUCCUCAUCUUGCUGCAUCUGUACUCACACAGGUGACCAGCUGGUUUUCACCUGUAUUCCCAUGGUUAGCAUAAGAGUACUUUGGAUAGGUGUUAGCUAAUUACAACCAAUGUAUAACUUAGUUUUUUAAAUGCUUUUGACUGCUUUUCCAGAAUAUCAUCAGUAAAUGCUUAACACUCUGUUUCUAACCGUAUUUCUGACAAAGAGGCCCUUCAAAUCCUUGUAAAGGCUCUUAGUAGUCAUCAGUAUGCUAUAGUCCAUCCCUUCAACACACGUGACUACACAGUCCUCUCCUUCUGCCUUUGCACGUUCUAGUGUUUAUGAAAACAGAACAUGCCUUUACCUAAUUUUGUUUCAGGAGACCUUGACUUUGAGCAGGCUUCUUUGUAUACGGUAUCAGGGCUCAAGGGAAGAAUGAAAUGAAUCCACAACUGGUCAUUGUCAUAAAUGGGGAAAAAUGCUAUUUGUAUAUUUUUGUAAAUAUGUAACAUUUAAUGGCAGUUUUGUAGUGACGUGCUGUUUUUGAGAAAAAAACAAAACAGAGCAAAUAAAACCCAAGAAAUAUAUGUUUGAAUAUGCUUAAUGUAACACUUAACUGUGAUUCAAUUGCACAAUUAAUAGCUUAAUCAAAAGUCUUGUGCAAUAUGUAGUGAACACACAUAACCAAGUAUCUGUUAGUGAUCCACAACCAAGUUUUUGGCAACUUCUAAUGAUGGUGAUGAACUGUGCAGUACAGAUUAUCACGGUCUCUUUCAGCUUCUCAACAUGUAGCAGGCAAACUACUGUAUACGUACCUGUGUACUCCACUGCAUCCAAAGGUAUGCAAUUGUCCUGAGAACCUGCACUACAGGUUUUUCUUUAAUAAAAUUUGGUUCUAAACUGUU